AUGAUGCUGCCACGAUUGGCUCUCCGCGCCAUCCACACCACCACCCGCGUCGCCGGAGGACAAGAAUUCUAUUGGGGACCAGCCAAGGCCGCCGGACGUGAGCUCGUCGGAUACGGAGCCAACGGAGACAACAUCUACCAAGAUCGUCUCGAUUACUGGUAUCCAGCUAUCAGAUUCCGCAAGGAAGACGGCGUCAUUACUCCAAUCCGCGCAAAGGAACAGGCUGACUGGAAGAACUUGUCUGCUGAGGAGAAGAAGCUUUUGUACCGCUACAGCUUCCGCCAAACACUCUCCGAGUUCGAGGCUCCAACUGGAUACUGGAAGGUCAUCGGUGCCGUUAUCCUCUCAGUCCUUGGAUUGUGCACAUACUACGCUGUCCUUCUUAACGUCUACGUCUAUCCAGAGCUUCCACCAACCUUCCAGAACGAGUACAAGGAAGCCCAAGUCGAGCGUGCUUUGGUGCUCGAGAAGGGACAAUUCCUCGGAGCCCCAACCAAAUACGAUUACGAGAACCAGAAAUGGAAGUAA